AUGAACGUAUCCCUCAUACGCCUGCCUUGGGGACCAGAGCGCUUCGGCACGUGUCUCAACAUCGCGAAUACUGGGUUAGGAGAUUCUGUGUGUUCAAGCCCAAGUAUAUCCAGUACAACGAGUCCCAAACUUGAUCCACCUCCUUCACCUCACGCCAACAGAAAGAAACAUCGCAGGAAGAAAAGCACGAGCAAUUUCAAGGCUGAUGGUAUCUCGGGCACAGCUGAAGAACAAGAAGAAAACUUUGAGUUUAUCAUCGUCUCUCUCACCGGCCAGACCUGGCACUUUGAAGCUACCACAUAUGAAGAAAGAGAUGCGUGGGUACAAGCCAUAGAGAGUCAGAUCUUGGCCAGUUUACAGUCGUGCGAGAGCAGCAAGAACAAGUCCCGCCUGACGAGUCAGAACGAGGCCAUGGCCCUUCAGUCCAUAAGGAACAUCAGAGGCAAUUCUCACUGUGUGGACUGCGAAGCACAGAACCCCGACUGGGCCAGCUUGAAUCUGGGAGCCCUCAUAUGUAUCGAAUGCUCAGGUAUACACCGAAACCUUGGCACGCACCUCUCCCGGGUCCGCUCUCUCGACCUGGAUGAUUGGCCUAUAGAGCUCAUCAAGGUGAUGUCGUCUAUCGGGAACGAGCUGGCAAACAGCGUCUGGGAGGAGAGCAGCCAGGGCCAUAUGAAACCUUCGUCAGACUCCACCAG